GAGAAAUGGCGCAGCCGCCGCCAUGGAAGGCGAUGUACCUGUAUGUGGCGAGCCAGGCGCGCGAAGACUGCGCCCGCGUCAAGCAAAGCGUCGCCGCCGCAGCCUUCGCCGCCGUGCGUGGCGCGCUGGCGUCCCCGGAGGUGCUGGACACCCGCGACGCCGAGGGGCGGUACACCUUGCUGGAUUCCGCGCUGACCCACAUCGAGCACGCAUCCGACUCCCUCUCCGGUUUCAUCGUCAACAUGGUGGUGGCCGAGCGCCUGGCGCUCCAUGGCUGCGGCGCCGUCCCGUCGGAGGCGGUGGCCCGCAUCGGCGACCUCCGCGACGACCACGACUACGAGUGGCUUGGUCUGAUCAGGCUCGAGGCCGCCAGGGAGCACGCCCAGGAGGCGCUCCGCGGGGUGGAGGGCGCCUUCACCCUCCUGGCCUCCGUCCGGUUCAUGCUUCACAGCCGGAACCCCGACGCUCCCGGGCGCCGGCAAGCCAUGGAGGGGCAGCUCCGCGCCGCCGCCCUAGAACUCCAGCCCGUGGUGAUCAGCGUGGAGAACAUGUGCGCGCUGGCCUUCAUGGCCACCGAGCGUGCCAUCCGCGACCGCAUCCAGUGAGAGGUCUCUUGUCUUGAUUAGCUCUGCACGAGUCUCCUUGAUCUUGUGACUGCGAAACCAUGGAUGAUCUAUCGGUCCGUCGGAUUCGAUCUACUUUUUGCGGAUCUGUACGUUACUUGCAAGGAUCAACCGGGGAAUUAAUUAUAGAUCAGUCAUGAUGCCGUAGCGAUUCGAACAACUUUGCUGUUUGUCGAUCUGAA